UACAAGUACUCCACUUAACUUUACAACCCCAUUUCUAAAUUAUUCCCUCACAUCACCAUUUUCCCUUUCUCCCUCUUCCCUCGUCCCUCUUCCCUCUUCCCUCUCUACUCCAUUUAACUUUCCAAUUUCCAACACUCUAAACUCACCAAAAAACUUGAAAAACUACAACAAUGGCGGCAGAAGUCACAAAAUACCAGUUAGUCCCAAAUGCUAAUAACAUUGCUAAUGACUUCAAACCCCAUUUUUUUCUCUUCAAAACUAGAAAAAGCUCUCAUUUUUUCUAUGGAGUUGUCUGUAUUUUCAUUGCUUUUACUGUUUUUCUAGCUUUCUCCCCUUCUUCUUCUUCUUACUCUUCUCCUUCUUCUUGGUUCAUCAAUAUUUUUACUGUCAAUAACACUUCCCCUCCUUUUCUCCCCACUAAUUCUUUCAGAUCUCCAAUUUAUUCUGAUUUUUCCUCUAAUUCUACCCAAUUUUCUGAAUUAAACUCUUCUAGAUCUUCAAAUACUACUGUUUCUCAUAUACCCAUGAUGAACAAUUCAAAGAAUUUGACAAAAUCCCAACUUCCUCCUGAUAAAGUUGAGCCAAAUAAUGCAAAUUCUGUUCUUCCACACAAAUCAAGCAUACAAAUUGAUGAUUCUCAUAAAACCCCAGAAAUCUCUCAACUUCCAUUGAUUCAAGUUGAAAGCUUUAAGAUCAAUGACACUAAAACUGAUCCAAUUACACCCAAAACCCCUCCAAUUUUAUCAACUAAAGUUGAAAACUUAAAAAACCCAAAAACCCUAAAUGAAAAUAAUCAUACUAGUGUAGUUCUUCCCCAAAUUCCCCCCAAAAUUUCCUCAAAUUCAACUAAAAUAGAAAGUGGGAAAGAGGAAAAAAGGAUGAAAAAUAAUACUGGAGUAUCAGAUUCUGCUCCAUCUUUGUCCAAAAAACCAGAUAGUACCAGUUCAAACGACACCGUUUUGAAGGGUGGCAAAAAUUUGGUUGAAUUAUUGGUUGGUUGUGAUUUGUAUGAUGGAGAAUGGGUUAAAGAUGAUUCAUACCCACUCUAUAAACCUGGAUCAUGCAAAUUAAUUGAUGAACAAUUUAAUUGUUUUCUUAAUGGUAGACCUGAUAAUGAUUAUGUGAAGCUUAAAUGGAAGCCUAAAGGUUGCACUUUGCCUAGGUUAAAUGGAAAGCAAAUGUUGAAAUUAUUGAAGGGUAAACGACUAGUUUUUGUUGGAGAUUCGUUGAAUCGAAAUAUGUGGGAGUCUUUGGUUUGCAUUCUUAAGAACUCAGUUAAAAAUCCGAAGAAUGUAUACGAGGCCUAUGGUAGGCACUACUUUCGUACCGAAGCUUCAUACUCGUUCGUAUUCAAAGAUUAUAAUUUUACGGUUGAGUUCUUUGUAGCUCCUUUUCUAGUACAACCAUGGGAUGUCAAAGACAAGAACGGAACAACCAAGGAGACUCUUCGACUUGAUCUUGUGGUUGAAGAAUCUGAACGUUUUAAGAAUGCUGAUUUUUUAAUCUAUAAUACUGGUCAUUGGUGGACUCAUGAAAAGACAUCUAAAGGGGAGGAUUAUUAUCAAGAAGGAAGCAAUGUUUACAAACAAUUGGAUGUUAUUGAAGCGUUUCGAAAAGCCAUAACGACUUGGGGGAGAUGGAUAGAUGCCAACAUCAAUCCUCAGAGGACGCAUGUCUUCUUCCGCGGCUAUUCAAAUACACAUUUCAGCGGUGGGCAAUGGAAUUCCGGAGGCCAAUGCGACAGUGAGACAGAACCGAUUAGGAACGAGACCUACCUAACAGAAUAUCCAUGGAAAAUGAAAGUGUUUGAGACGGUAAUGAAGGGCAUGAAAAUUCCGAUUUCCUAUCUUAAUAUCACAAGAAUGACAGAUUAUAGGAAGGAUGCGCACCCCUCAAUUUACCGAAAGCAACACCUAUCCGGGGAAGAGAAAAAAUCACCGCUGAGAUUUCAAGACUGUAGUCAUUGGUGCCUUCCUGGAGUUCCCGAUUUUUGGAAUGAGCUUCUAUAUGCCGAAAUGCUAAGAAAGCAAUACCAAGAGAAGCAACAAAAAACUAAAACAUGAGCCAAAACAAACGCCAACUCAAAGGCUAUGUUCAUUGUACAAUCGUCGACCCGACACAAAUUUUAGCCAAUUAUUUUCACAGGAAGCUAAAUUUGACGAGUUUAGUGAAUAGUGAUGAUACCAAAUACAAGCGAAUACUAUUUUCUCGUUUUUCGAGAAAUCUGGGUAACGCCUAGUUGUUGAGGUCUUUCUCUUUUAUCCUAAUGAUACGGGGUUGAUUCUCGCUAUCUACACGAAGGAUUAAUCUCUUCUUGGCUGUAGGGAUCCUUUAGUCUACCCGAGAAUCAAAAAAAUAUUUUCCACUUACUUUAAAUAAUUAUUAUUUGUGUACAAAUAUAGGAGUAAAUAGGUUCUCUUGUAUUAAUAUGUUAAAUUAAGGAAAAUGCUAUGAAAGAUUAGAGAUAUAUCCUCUCUAAAAUUGGAGUGUAUUAUGGCAUAUUUAUUGAUAGUGCAAAAUAGAAAUAUCAAAUGUCAAAUAUAAUCUUUCUUUCAAAAUUAAGGAUAAUUUUAGUGUCGGUGAUUUUAAAGUGGAGUUGGCUAUUUUUGGUGAUGUUUACAUUUUGAUGUAAUUUAUUAUAACCUCCUUGGUCCUUAUACUUUGUAUAUCAUGAAUUUAUGAAUAUUAAUUUAUUUUAGUUAUAUUAUCAAUCAAUAAUA